AGGUGCAUGCAAUCCCACUGAAGUCCUCAUGGGUGAUGACAUGUUCAUACGCACCUUCAGGGAACAUGGUGGCCUGUGGAGGACUUGACAACAUGUGCUCCAUUUACAACCUGAAGGCCAAAGAUGGAAACGUGAAGGUCAUGCGUGAGCUCGCAGCACAUACAGGUUACCUGUCCUGCUGCCGUUUUCUGAGUGACAGUGAGAUCAUCACCAGCUCUGGAGACUGUACCUGUGUUCUGUGGGACAUCGAGACAGGAUCACAGAAGACGGUGUUUGCAGGUCAUCUGGGAGACUGUAUGUCCCUCGCCGUGUCUCCAGACUUUAACACCUUCAUCUCAGGGGCUUGUGACUUCACUGCCAAACUGUGGGACAUCCGUGAAGGCCAGUGCAGACAGACCUUCGGUGGACACGAGAGUGACAUCAACGCCAUUGGGUUUUUCCCCAACGGCAAUGCAGUGAUCACAGGUUCAGACGAUGCUUCCUGCAAGUUGUACGACCUGCGCUCAGACCAGGAGCUCAUCACAUACCAGGACUCCAGCAUCAUGUGCGGCGUGACAUCCAUCGCUCCGUCCCUCUCCGGAAGACUCAUCCUCGCCGGAUACGAUGACUUCAACUGCAACAUCUGGGAUUCACUUAAGUCAGAGAGAGUCGGAGUGCUGUCUGGUCAUGACAACAGAGUGAGCUGCAUCGGUGUGACUCCUGACGGGAUGGCCUGCUGCACAGGAUCAUGGGACAGCUUCCUGAAGAUCUGGAACUAACGCUCUGUCUCGAAGAUGGGCAAAAAUCACAACAUGUCAAAGACAGGGUAAAAAUGUAAAGGGGACAACUGAAACAGGACUAUGAGAAAUAGUGGUAAAAGCAGGGAGGGAAAGCGAUAUGGUUGCUGUGGCGUCACAACGAGAACGAUUAUGAAUAAGAAAACCUCAUUUAGAGACGGGCUGAUCUGUAGAAUAAUCUUGUCAAAGAAAUCACGCAAUAACAGAAAUCUUGUCUUUCAGGGAUUGCUAACUGCAAACGUGGGCAUUUAUAAAGCCAUUACCUAUUUUUGGUGAUUUUGUGAGGUAAUUUUGUUUUCAUUCACACAUGGGUGUGUUAACAGCAUAUUAACAAUGUAGCAUAUGAAACAAGACUUUCAACACUAGUUGAAUAAAGCUUACUGAUAUCUAAAUGCAUCCUGUGCUAUCAAAACCGAACGACGGAGGUUGCCAAAAUAGUUACGCAAGAUCGAGUAUACAAUGACUUCAGGCUACACUGAAUGAUAUUUUCACUUUUAUAAAAUGUGGUUUACAACCUCUAGAUAGAUUCGACAAGUUUUAGUGAGAGUGUCUGAGGAAGCUUCGUUUGUUAAGUUUAGUGUUAGAUUUUGAUUUUUGGGAUAGUGCACUGAUAGUGUCAUGUAUUUUUUUUCUUCUGCUUAUUCGGGCCAAUAAAACAAGUACUAUGGAAAAA